AUGCAUACAGCCGGCGCGGCUCUUUCUGUCGGAAGCGCGGCAGAUUCCGACAGGCAAGAUGGGCAGCUCGAGCGACCGAUGCGUUUUAGCGGAUGGCCCGACCGCCCGGCCAGCUUCAUUGCAGUGCACGCACGCUCGACGCUGCUGAUAGCCUCCAUCCUCUCUGCUCCCGGACCGUUUGUCUCUUUCCUUCCAUCCACCUGCAUCACGUAUGCGCAGCACUUUGCCAUCGAUCCCUCCCAACCUUUGCGAUCGCACCUGCCCACCAUGCCUCCUAUCGUCACCGUCGAAGAGCGUGAGGCCGUCGUCAGACGUCGGCCUAUCCCACAACCCUCCGUCACGUCGUCUGCCUUGGAUAUGGACGACGAAGAUGGCUUGCCGCUGCUGGAGGAGAUCGCGGCCCUGAUGCGCGAAUCCGAGGCGCAUACGACAGAGCCUCGUCUCCAGCAGAUCGCCAGGAUCGAUCUAGCGAUCCGAUUCCGACGCUUUUGCAGCGAGAUUCUGCCUGUCUAUGUUGCCCGCGGCCUCACAAAAUUCAAUCACAACCAUAAUCGGGAUGCAUUCUCGUACGGCGACGUGCCGGCCCUGGCCGAACGUCUGAAGCUCUUCAUCACGCAGCAGGUCGUCGAGACCAAGGGUCUCUGCGACCACAGCGGAGCCGCGCACGUCUCCAUCUCGUCGGUCCGUCAGUGGAAGCGACUGCUGAUCAAGAACGUCGUCAUGUAUGUUCAAGAGAAGGAGACGCUCGACACGUACGAAAAGGCCCUGCGCAACGUCCUCAAGCAUUCGGUCGAUGAAAAGCAAGGCAUCGCGCCGGGCGUCUACGGAGCCCCCGAAGUUCAGCUCAUCCUCAACGACAUGUUCAAGAACCUCACCAUCGGUAAGCCCGGCGAGACGAUGCUGCAGAGGAUCGCUCUGGUGCAGACCUGCUUCUUGACCGGGCUCAGGGUCGGUUCUCUCGUCGCCACCGAUCACCUUGACGAGGACCGGCAGGGCAUGAAGCAGAGCGACGUCAGCUUCACCUCCGAAAAGCCCGGAGCCUGGACCCUUCACCUGCGCAUCACGCAUCUCAAGGACUACAACGCCGCGGAAAAGUCGAACGCGAUCCGCGUCCGGAUGCGCCCGCUCCAGAAGCCGUCCAACAUCUUGCUCGAGCCUGCGGUGCUCUUUCUCCUGCUCCUCCUCAACCGCGGAGCGUUGCGUGCCGAUGGUCCGGACGGACCGGUCAUCGGCUCCGUCGAGCAGCUGCUGGCAUCCGAAUCGUACCGCCUCGUCGGCGUCGGCGACGAGCCCAUGUUUCGGCACGGCAGAGUCGACCGAUGCCUGACGGUGUCGGAUGCCUGCCUCCUCCUCAAAAAGCACACGGCGUCGGUCGGACUCCCGUACGGAUCCUUCCACAGGCUCAGGCAGGACUUCGGUACGCAGGUGCAGACCCUCUUUGGCAGCGCCAUGGCAAGGGAGCUGAUGCAUCACUCGGUCCAGCACGACACUCUCAACCGCCACUACACCGGCGGUGUGGAGCUCUUCGACCUCGUCGGCAUCCGAACGGGAGAAGGAGCGCAAGACGCGACUCUGCAGGCGACGAACCGCGAGGAGGCCAUCCUCUCCGGCUUUGCUCACCGCUGCGUCGCCAUCUCCCUGCAACAGGAUGGGACCGAGGAGAGGGAGGCGCAGGGAUCGACGAUCCAGGGCACCACCGUGCCGAGCAUCAACAUGAAUCGCAGGAAGCGUCGCACGCACGAAGAGAUCGUGGAAACGCUGCUCAAGAACAACGAAGCAUUCGCCAGCCUGCAUGCCCGCUACACGGUCGCCGCCGCCUCGCUCGAAGACGUCCUCGACAUCAAGCUGCCCUACGUUCGUAAUGUCCGCGGCCAGCAGAACCAGGUCGACAAGUCUCUACGUCGCCUGGCGAUCCUCGAUCGCGGCAAGCACAAGGAGGCUCAGGAAGCGUGGUCCUCGCUCCGCAAGCUGCGCGACGCCAUGCAGAAGGAGAGGGACAACGACAGUCGCAAGUACGACACCGCCAAGAAGCGCAAGCGGGAGACCGCCGUAGCCAACGCCUCGUCGGUUCCCAUCACGCGAGAGUCGAUGAAGCAAGCGAGGGAGACGUUGAAGCCGCGCCGACCGCAGGUGCCCGACCGGGCAGGCUUCCGCACGGGCCUGCAGAGCGACGAUAUCUUCUCCAGGCAGGACGCCAACGAAGUCCACCGCAUCUCGGGGCCCUCCCGCGGCGACGGCCGGCUUCCUGUCGCGGCAAGGCACGAGGACGCGACGGCCGACGCCACGCACCUUGUCGAUGGUGUCGAAGAGAUGGCGGAGACGCUAAGUCAGCAGCACGACGAGGCGGGCGCCCGUGACGACACCUUCGAUCAGGGCCAAGUCAUCGAAGGCGAGCUGCAGGAUGGCUCCGAGGACGAGUCCGAGGCCGAUGCGAUCCGAUUCCGACUCGCAUGGCUGCGGUUCCUGGCAGGCGUCAGCCGCGCACACGAGCGAGAGUCGAAGCUGCUCGACUUUAUCGUCGCAGCCGGCUUUUGUCCCCUCUGCCCCUUUGGGCCGAACGGCUCCUUCACGAUGAGCGCCUCCAAGGAACGCAUCGGCCUCUUUGCCGGCGGUUCCGGCAAGAGCCAAUCGACCGCCCAUUCGUACAGCAACCCGAGGAAGCAUUUGGCCAAAUUCCAUCCCAACGAGCUCACCGCCCUGCGCGUAGGAAAGCAGCUCAAUCCGGGCGUGGCGCAAUCCCCGCUCGUCCCAGUGUACGCACCACACGUCGCCUUUCAGGCAUACCCGCAGCUUGCGGCCCGUUUUUUCGCGCCGAUCUCGCUGCCCGUAUACUUUGACAGGCUGACCGAUGCGCAGAAGAUCGUCGUCGCCAAGCACAUGAACCCGAGCAUCUACGUCGACCGCAGCAAUCCGUCCCAGAUGGAGUGGGCCGACAGGGUGGUGGGAAAGCUGUUGACGUCUACGCCGAGUCGAACAGACGGCACGUCGGCGGAAAAGAAGAUCGCAUUGAGCGAAAUGCGGUCUGCGAGCUACCCGUGGCCUCAGCGCAAUCCCUUGUUCAAGUCAGGUCCUUUCACAGGCGCCCCAGGUCGAAGGUACCCUCUGUCUACCAUGCACGACACCGGUCUCCUCCCGCACAGCGACUGUCCGACCACCCGCUCAGACGUCAAGUGGCAAGGGCCCUUGCUGCAGGCCAUUCACCUGCCGGAAUCUCUUGUCACCCUCCCGCUCCCUUAG